UCAAGGAGUUUGAGCUUAGAGAGGGGAGCGAGCGAGCGAGCGAGCGGCGGAGAGAGAGAAUAAUCUAUCGGUUUAGGAGCUUUGGAUCCACUUGACAGGUUCAGUCGGAGGCGAUCGCAGGAGGCUACCGGGUGUCAAAGGGAGGGGAGGAGAAAAAAAUAUAUCGAUAUAUUCUCUUUUUUUUUUCCUUCCUCCUCCUCCUCCUUUUUUUUUUUUUUUUGGUAAUUCCAGCAUGCUCACUGACCCUGAUUUACCUCCGGAGUUUGAAAGGAUGUCUUCCAAGCAACCAGCUUCUCCGUAUGGGGAAGCAGAUGGAGAGGUAGCCAUGGUGACAGGCAGACAGAAAGUGGAAGAGGAAGAGAGUGGCGGCCUCCCAGCCUUUCACCUUCCUUUGCAUGUGAGUUUUCCCAACAAGCCCUAUUUUGAGGAAUUUCAGCCAGUUUCUCUGCCGACGCGAGAGCCUUGCGGCCUUAGGACUCCUACCUCUCAGCAAAACACAAUGGAAGUUGAUGGCAAUAAAGUGAUGUCUUCAUUUGCCCCACACAACUCAUCUACCUCCCCCUCGAAGGCCGACGAAGGUGGGCGUCAGAGCGGAGAAUCGUUUUCCAGCACGGUGCUGGGAACUCCUGAACGGCGUAAAGGAAGCCUAGCAGAUGUGGUAGACACUCUCAAACAGAGGAAGAUGGAGGAGAUGAUCAAGAAUGAGCCUGAAGAAACACCCAGUAUUGAAAAACUACUAUCAAAAGAUUGGAAAGACAAGCUCCUUGCCAUGGGAUCAGGGAACUUUGGAGAAAUAAAAGGGACUCCAGAGAGCCUAGCAGAGAAAGAGAGGCAGCUUAUGGGCAUGAUCAAUCAGCUGACCAGUUUGCGGGAGCAGCUGCUGGCAGCUCACGACGAGCAGAAGAAAUUGGCGGCCUCGCAAAUUGAGAAGCAGCGCCAGCAAAUGGAGCUGGCCAAGCAGCAGCAAGAACAGAUUGCAAGACAGCAGCAGCAACUUCUGCAACAGCAACACAAAAUCAACCUCCUUCAGCAACAGAUCCAGCAGGUCCAAGGUCAGCUACCACCGCUAAUGAUCCCCGUAUUUCCUCCAGACCAGCGAACUCUAGCAGCAGCAGCCCAGCAAGGAUUCCUCCUGCCACCUGGUUUCAGCUACAAGACAGGCUGCAGUGACCCUUACCCCGUUCAGCUGAUUCCAACAACAAUGGCAGCUGCUGCUGCCGCAGCAACCCCGGGUUUAGGCCCACUGCAACUGCAGCAAUUAUACGCCGCACAACUUGCAGCCAUGCAAGUAUCUCCUGGUGGAAAACUAUCCGGCAUUCCACAAAGCAACAUGGGUGCAGCAAUAUCGCCUACCAAUAUUCACACUGACAAGAUCACAACCAGCCCAUCACCCAAAACCAAGGACGAUGUGGCCCAGCCGUUGAAUCUCUCAGCCAAACCCAAGACAAACGACAGCAAGUCCCCCUCGUCACCUACUUCUCCUCACAUGCCAUCAUUGAGAAUAAACAGCGGGUGCAGCUCGUUGAAAUCUUCGGUGCCAGCAACGUUAGCUAGUCCAUCAGCCAGAGUCAACACAAUAGAUAUCCUCUCCUCCAUCACAUCAUCUGGUUACUUAAAUGAUCAUGAUGCUGUUACCAAGGCAAUUCAGGAAGCUCGGCAGAUGAAAGAGCAGCUCCGGCGAGAACAACAGGUGCUGGAUGGAAAGGUUGCAGUUGCAAACAAUUUGGGUUUAAACAACUGCAGAACAGAUAAGGACAAAACGACAUUGGAGAACCUGACUCAACAGCUGGCAGUCAAACAGAACGAAGACGGGAAGUUUAGCCACGCGAUGAUAGAUUUCAACAUGAGCGGAGACUCCGAUGGAAGUGCCGGAGUCUCAGAAUCUCGGAUUUACCGAGAAUCCAGAGGGCGUGGCAGCAACGAGCCGCACAUCAAGCGUCCGAUGAACGCCUUCAUGGUGUGGGCGAAAGACGAACGGCGGAAGAUCUUGCAGGCUUUCCCUGAUAUGCACAACUCCAACAUCAGCAAAAUAUUGGGGUCUCGUUGGAAAGCUAUGACGAACCUUGAAAAACAGCCAUACUACGAGGAGCAGGCUCGCCUCAGCAAGCAGCACCUGGAGAAGUACCCAGACUACAAGUACAAGCCCAGGCCGAAGCGGACGUGCUUAGUAGAUGGCAAGAAGUUACGGAUCGGCGAAUAUAAGGCAAUCAUGAGGAAUCGGCGUCAAGAGAUGAGGCAAUAUUUCAAUGUGGGGCAGCAAGCACAGAUUCCUAUUGCGACAGCCGGUGUCGUCUACCCGGGAGCCAUCGCCAUGACGGGAAUGCCCUCCCCGCAUCUUCCCUCCGAGCAUUCAAGUGUAUCUAGUAGCCCAGAACCUGGGAUGCCCAUCAUCCAGAGCACUUACGGCAUCAAAAACGAGGAGACUUCUCACGUCAAAGAGGAGAUCCAGAGCGAGGACAUCAACGGCGAAAUGUACGAAGACGAUGAGGAUGAAGAAGACGAUCGCGAUGUGGACUACGGCAGUGAAAGCGAAAACCACAUUGCAGGACAAGCCAACUGAUCGGGGGGGUGGUUUUUUUUCCCAUUCUUGGUUUUUGACCUCGGAGGACUUUAACGGAGACCCCACCCCCCACCCCUCCAGUCCGGUUUCUUGCCCAGUGGCCAAGCACACGAACUGGAUCCUCACACACUGACUGUUACUUAAAACUUUUUUAGUCUUAACUAGUUGGGACAUCAGCUGAUCAGGAGAUAUCAGCCCUGCGUUGAGAACUUUGGAAAACCAAGAAAGGAAUUCUAAAAGAAAGGAGGAAAAAACAAAAAGAAAGAAAGACAAAAAGGCUCAGAGGAAGAAACCCUAUCAAGGAAGUCAGUCGUGACAAAGAAAAAGAAAAAAAAAGGACAAAAAAAAAAAAAAGCUAUGGGUAACAUAAUGCCAGUAAUUCAGCUGCUAUACCCAAGCACUGAAGUCUUACCCGUUCGACCUUUUAUUAUUAUUUUUUUCAAAUAAACUUUAUGGCUAUUUGUUCUAUAAUGUUCUAGAAAAUUCUCACUCAGGUACACAGUGCCAACAAGUGGCUUGUGAAUGUGUUCUGUUGUUUUG